AUGAGAGGAGGCUUUGUCCGAGGAGGACAUUCACGUUCUCACCCUCCAGAAUCUUCUUUGAGAAGGAAGCAAGACCAGACUCUGAGACUUGGAAAGAAAGGUAGAAUGGAUGAAGAAGGGCAAGCUUUUGUAGGAGAUAUGAAUCCUUCCCUGACUCCGAGAGAGGAGAACUGGAUGCAAGACAAUGAGAUUCCAAGAGAAGAUAUUCCAGUUCAGAAAAGGUCGUUUAGUGACACAGUGAAGCAAGGAAGAAGGCCUGUUGAAGGAGAGGUAGGGAACAACAACCGCACUCAAGUUAAUGACCGAAUGGAAGAAGAAAGGGAUAACGCCAAUCAGGAAUUGCAGCAACCUGAAAUUACAGUGGAGAAAGUAAAUGGCAUAUACAAUUUUAACAUCAAUGAAGCAGCCAUGAAAAAAUGGAGAAGCCCGUGGUGGGAUACCCUCAUUGUGAAAUUGCUAGGAAGACGAAUCUCACUUACAGCUCUUACAAGGAGACUUGAAACAAUGUGGGGAAAAAUGGAAAGUUUAGAGGUGAUAGAUUUGGGGAAUGACUUCUUUCUUGUGAAGUUUUUUUCGCAUGAAGACCUGGACUUUGCCUUGACUGAGGGACCUUGGAAGAUCCUAGACCACUACCUCUCAAUACGAUUUUGGACACCAAAUUUUAACCCAGAGAAAGAUGUGAUAGAUCGAAUAGCAGCCUGGGUGAGACUGCCAGGUUUGGCAAUAGAAUACUAUGAAGAAACUAUGCUAAGUAAGAUAGGAAAUGUAAUAGGAAGAACCUUAAAAGUAGAUACUAAUACUGCUGAUAAGAGAAGAGGGAAGUUUGCUAGACUUUGUGUUGAACUUAACCUAGCUGAACCUCUUGUCGGUCAGUAUUCCAUUAAUGGUGUCAAAUACAAGGUUGAAUAUGAAGGAUUACAUCUCAUUUGUUUUGAUUGCGGGAAGGUGGGUCAUGAUAAGACAAGCUGUCCCAGAAACAAGACUCAAGCUGCGAGGGAAGAAGUGACCAGAAGAGUAGAGACACAUGUUGCUGGUGAUGGAGUGCAGCACGCUGAUGAUGAAGAAGGCCAACGACGAAGUGACAAACAAGAUAAUCUAGCAGAGGAUAACUUUGUCAAUACCAAAAUUGAUAAGAGUAAAAAAAUUUAG